AUUCGCCGAAUAUCACGAACAAGCGUCGCACCGUGUGGCCAUCGGCGCAUUGUCAACGCCACACAAUUGCGAUGGACUGGGACCCCACCAACAACGACACCGAUGGCUACAUCUGCCCCCCAUGUCCAGUGUUCUACCCCACGGCCGAGGAAUUCCAACAUCCGCUGAAAUAUAUUUCCAGGUGUGGUAAUUUAUAUAGCAACCACCUUCUCCGCCAUCACAGCGCUGCACUCGCUGCAUUUCCGUCCAUUCCAACAGCCUCAAUGGCUCUGGAAGACCCACGGCCGCUCAGAUUGGCCAAACAGUGGAGACUUUGAUGCCAAACGACGCGAGAAUGAAUGUCACUUAGCUCUGAACACUCACUCUUUUUUUUUUUUUUGCUUUGUAGCAUUCGCCACAUCGGCAUGCAGGCUGGUAUCUGUAAAAUAGUGCCGCCUUCGGGCUGGCGUCCUCCGUUCGCUAUCAACGAGAAGACGUUCCGCUUCCGGACGCGCGUACAGCAGCUCAACUGCAUCGAAGGUCACUCCCGUGCAGAAGGCCAGUUCGUAGAGGCCCUAAGACUCUUUUUGUAUCAACGCGGUCAGCCUAUGAAGGAGCUACCACGUGCAGACGGCCAGCUGGUAAAUCUCCACUUAUUAUACAAGACAGUAGUCUCUCUCGGUGGCUUCGACGCAGUCUGUAGCAGUAGCAGGUGGGAGCAGGUAGUACGCCGAGUAGGCCGCACCAAGGCAGCAAGUGAGCCCUCCCCAGAUCUCUGUGGACUCUAUAAAACCCACUAUGAGACCACAUUACUAGCCUAUGAACAAGAACAGCAAGCCAAGAGCAGCGGUAGUACCGUAGAAGCCAAGAUACAAGCCACUCCGUCUACAACUAACGCAUCGGGUGAUACCAAGGCCACACCGUCCUCCAAGCCUCGAACUCUUAGCGGGAGGAAGCGUCCUGCUUUCAUUAAACACGAAGAGACCGAAGAAGAGCGUCGUGUGAAGCGUACGUUAUUUUCCGACGGUGAACACACCAGCAGCGAAGAGAACGACACUCCAAAGUCCGAAAUUCGACCAAAAGAGAAGACAACACAGCACAAUCUCGAGCCUGAGGCCUUAAAACCUUUAGAAACCCGCAAGAUGCGGCUCGGCGCUCCGGAAAUUCGUGCUGGACAGAAGUUUUACCGGUUUUUCCCCGACGCCGGCGCGGUUUUAGCCGAGGUGAAGCGCGUCUUUGGCGGUAAGAAACCGCACGUGGCGGUAAAAUACUUGGAAGACGGCUCCAACGACGACAUCGAGCUGUCGACGAUGGAGAUUUUGAUCGCCAAUGGCUGGGACGCCAGGGCGGCGGAGCUGGCGUUCAAUAGCGAGGUCUGCCAGGCCUGUCUGCGUGGAGACUGCUGGGACCGGAUGCUGCUGUGCGACGGCUGUAACAGUGGGCAGCACAUUUUCUGCCUGGAUAAUCCACUGGAUAAAGUGCCUACUGGAGACUGGUACUGCAAGGAGUGCGUGGACGACGCCAUGGAUCCGGAUAAACGCAAGGAGAAUCCAAAGUUCGGCUUCGAUAUGGGCGCAGAGAUCAGUAUGGUCGACUACAAACAACGUGCUGAUGCCUGGAAGCGAGACUACUUCUCCUUAUCGUCUGAUAUUAACCCGGACGAAGCGAUCAGUGACCGGGAGUUAGAGGCUGAAUACUGGAGGUUACUGAGUAUUCCGAUCCACGAACAACGGCUCGAAGUGCAGUACGGCAGCGACGUGGACACUGGCGCGAACGGGAGUGCAUUUCCACGUACUGAUCUGUAUAUGAAGAACCUACGGACUGUCAAUAAGCGCUGGAAGAACCUGACGACCAAGGCCAAGAGCGACUACGUUCGUCAACUCAGCGAGUUCUUCUCUCAUGGACUUCGUGACGGUCUGGCUGUUAAAACAGAAGGAGACAACUGCAACGUCGAUGCAGCGCAGUCAUUGGAGGAAUUACUGCAGAGAUACGCUCAAGACGACUGGAAUUUGAACAACAUGCCCAAGCUUCCUGGCUCUGUGCUGCAGUAUCUGGACGAAGACAUUAAAGGGAUUAUGGUGCCAUGGCUGUACGCUGGCAUGUGUUUCUCCACCUUCUGCUGGCAUGUAGAAGACCACAACUUCUACAGUACCAGUUAUCUGCAUUGUGGCGCUCCGAAGACCUGGUACGGCAUCCCCAGUGCCAGUGCUGAGCAUUUUGAACGCACGAUGAAGGAAUUGACGCCCGAACUCUUCGGUAGUCAACCGGAUCUACACAUGCAGUUGGUCACAAUGUUCUCUCCGAAAACGUUGCGAGAACACGGCGUUCCAGUGUACCGUGCGACGCACCGUCCGAACGAGUUUAUUGUCACGUUCCCGUCAGCUUAUCACGCGGGCUUUAACAACGGAUUCAACUGCGCUGAAGCGGUUAACUUCGCCACGUUGGACUGGUUGUCGUGGGGUGCCAAGUCGCUGAUAAAAUACCGCAAGUUCCGUAAAUUACCGGUUUUCUGUCACGAAGCUCUGGUCUGUACGCUGGCCGAAACGUUAGCGGAUAGCGACAGCAUUGACUUCGAGAAUACGCGCUCGUCUUUACUCCCUGCGGUGGAGCAAUUAUUGCGGGAUUAUCAGGAGUUCCAGCGACGUGUGGAUAGCAGCGAGAUGCGUGUGGAGAAGCGAGAACGUAUGGCUGAGUAUGAGAAGCAUGGUGCAGUAAUAGCAGCAGAUCCUGAGGCCUCGUCGACGUCUUCUAUGCGGCGUAGUAUGGUGGCGCGAGCGUGCAACAAGCCGUCGAAGAUAGGAGGUAAUAGAGGCUCCAAGAUGAGGAUGAAGAUGGAGACAUCAGAGACGUCCAUGCGACCUACCAGGAUGGUUUUGUGGGCUGGGAGAUCCGGGAAGCACGAGGGUUUACGCUGUGUAACAUGCAAACAAUACUGCUAUCUGCAGGCUGUGGUGUGCACUAGAUGUCGCCCACCACAAGGGAGUAAUGGGGGCCCUACCGUCGGUUGUUUGGAGCACUAUCCGACCAUGUGUAAGUGCAGAGAUCCGGCUAAUUUCUUGUACUUGUAUCGUUUCGAGGCUUCUCGCCUUGAAGAGAUGAUCACAAGUCUACGCAGACGCCUGGAUAGCGUCCAAGACUGGAACGAAGAGUGCGACACAGCGAUGCAGGCUUUCAGAGAGUGUUCCGGCCAGUAUAAGCCGACAAUUGUCGACUUGAAACAUCUCCUAUCACGUGGUAAAGCUUCGGGAGGUGCAGACCGGAGACGUUUGGACUCACUAGAGUUCCGGAUACAAAAUGCUGAGAACUGGAACUCACGUGCUGAUCGACUGCUUCUCUCGGUUAAACAGAGCCGUACUGCUCAAAGUCUUGUCGACUUUGAGUCGCUGUUGAUGGAGGCGGAUAAAUUACUCGUCAAGCCUUCAGCAAUGGAUAAAUUACGCGACGUAGUCACCGAAUGGCGUGCAGUUCGAGCUGAAGCGGUUAAAUUACUCAACACCGUCCAACGGAUUGUCAACGACGAGAUCCGGAACAAUUCUCGACCGAGAAGCUCGUCAGCCGAUACGUCGCUAGUGGUGCAGUCCAUGGGCGCUCCCAACGUCUUACUACACGACAACGUUCACUUCGGUCGGCUGUGUACAGCCAUCAAAACUGUAAGUGAUCGACUACGAGCCAAGAAGGAGAGCAGCGCAGACGGCAGCUUCCUCAGUCAACUGGCACGUGGGCAACGGUAUCUCGAAGUGCUGUGCAAGGUGAAUGUACUAGCUGCUACUAUCGUGGACAGAACUCAAGGAGGUACAGUCAUGGGCACACCGACGCAAGGACAAGUGGAGCGUGUGCUUGGUGAAGUACAGGGAUUACGACUAUCCAAUCCGAACUCUAUCGCCAACGCUGGAGCCUUACAGCAGCUUGUAGCAGCCACGGAAGCCGUAGCUACCGAGAUCGAACAAGCGCUGCGUGAUGACUCCAAGAGCUCGGAAGAACUCGAACUUUUACUCCGACGAGCGGUUGCUGUGCCUAUCCCUCCACUUAAUACUCAGAGCCUCAAGGAUCGACUGGAGAAAUGUCGAGUUUGGGAGCGUAAAGCACAUCAGAUCCUGGCAGUCGCAGGUUCGAGUUACAAGGCGCUGAUAGAGCGUCCGUCAGUUGAAGAUGUCGAGCGGUUCUACGCCCAAGCAGACGCGCAUUUCGUGUCCAGUUCGUCCAUUCUACGUCGACAAGUGCACUCGCGGCUGCAAGACUGUCGACGCUGGUAUGACGCCGUCCACGCGCUGUUCUUACGUCCGUCCAAUAGCCACUUGUCUCUCAGCCAGUUCUUACAGACGGCGUUGGAUAAAGUACAGCACCAACACUCACAGAACGCGAGUCAGGCAUUGCAGGUGCACUCGCGACUGCACUGCGUCUGUCAACAAGUCCUCAAUGAGCGCGCUCAAGUCGUGUCGUGUCAACAAUGUCAGCAGUAUUUCCAUCCUCAGUGUGUCCCAGAAUUAAUGCCCCAACGCUCCAAGGACGCCUUCGUAUGUGCCUCUUGUCGGCCACGCAAGCGUACAAGCAGUCCUGAAGCUCCGAUCUUCUGUCUGUGUCGAGGUGUGGAGCAAGCGCCCAUGAUCUGCUGCGACUUCUGCGAUGAAUGGUACCACGCGUCGUGUGUGGAUUUAUCUCCUUUAGGUCUGGAUAAUAUCGACGCCUUCCGUUGUCCACGAUGUGCUAGAAGACAGAAUCUGUACUACAUGGACAAGAAACUACUACGUCGUGAGUGCCUGGGUAGAAGACCGGCGUUGUCCAGAGUGGAAAGCUUCCUGGUUCAGAUGCAGACGCAGCUGAUAGCGUGUCCUCCUGGAGCGCAUGAACUCAUCGCAUACAUCCACGCAGUCAAGACAGUGCAGAGCGACGUCACGGCAUUUGUUCGGACCUUCGCGUCGCGCGAGUUCUCGGCUGCUGCGUAUGCUACUGAGCAGUACGUACAGAGGCAAGAAGGUGCGGUGAUUCGACUGAUGGAGCGCGUGACGAACCUCGAAGUGGGGCUGGAGACCUCGCAGGUUCAGUUAGGAGCGGUACAUUGGUGUCUUCGAGCGUGUCAACUGGUACUGGGGCCUAGUGACAGAGCCCCACGAUACGCCCACUUGGCGGCUAUACUACAAGAUGUUAAGAGUCAAGAACCAGGCUUCGCGUUCCCUCGUCAAGAGUAUCGACUGAUGCAGUUGACGAUCGCUGAACGAGUCAAUAAGGCUGCACAAUGGCUACGUGCUGCGAAGUCUCUAGAAGUAGAGGAGUGGAAUGUCGAGAAAGCGCAACGUUUACUGCGGAUUGCAGAGGAACUGAGUGCGUAUUUGCAACUGCCGCCGACAGAGCUGCAACUUGUCCAGAGAAUAAUUGACGGUGGGGUUGCUAGUGGAGAAGGUCAUGUUGCUUGGAAGAAACAGCGACAUUGGUAGGAAUUUACUCAAAAUCUGUACAGAUUAACAUGUUAGUAGA